AUGGAACACGUCAAUGUGUCCCUCGAUGCUCCUACCGAGAUCCAGCACAAGGCUUCUCAGAUGAACGGGUGCCGCGAGGAGAUAGAAGACCUCUUGAUUCGACUGAAGGCUGCAGAGUCUCGUUGGAACUCACUCCGAGACGAUGUCGCUCCGUAUAUUCAGAAAGCAGACCAGAAAGCCGCCGUCGCUACUCGUUCCGUCAAGGUGUCGCUCAACCGCUUGCCUGACGAGCUACUAUACGACAUUUUUCGACGACUACGAUUUCACUGGAACUCUAAUCUUGGACCUUUGCUUCUCGUGAACAAGCGUAUUCAUCAUUUCGUCAUGAAAACUCCGUCCCUUUGGACUCGUAUUGGGUUUCAUGCUGACUUUGAUCUGCUCUAUACAAGAUUUCCAAAGCAAUCCUACAUCGAGGCGUGCAUCGAGCGCAGUCAUGGAGUAGGUUUAGACAUCGAGAUCAACGUCGAAGUGGGAACGAAGGAAGACUUUCUUAAACAAGCAGCGGUUGGUGCAGUGCUAUCUCUUGUGGAUGAACCUCAUAAUGCAGAUAUAUUUUCAAUUUUCGACAACGUGGACAUGGACCUCAACUGUUCUAAAUAUGAGGAGAAGUGCAAAGAGCUCGUCCAAGUCAUUGAUAUGAUCAUUGGGAUCAACGGUUGCAAUAUGCCCCUGUGGAGGUCACUACACCUUGUGCUACCAUAUGACUACAUAUUACACAUAUCAGUUCUUGAACGAUUUAUCGGCUACACCCCAAACCUUCGCGAGCUGCACCUAGAGAACACAUGGCUUCUCGAUGAUGAUGAUGAUAGUCAAUAUAUCUGGGAGCAAGUUCUUCCGGAGCUUUCCGACCUGCGUAGCUUCGGGAGUGAUCAUUGCCUUCCGUGGGCGUUCUCCACACUGAAUCCCGCGAUGCUCAAGGAGCUUAACUUCAGUCCAAAGAUACCUUCCAAUUUCGAUAAGCUUUCUCUAUACCAAGCGCUUCAACACUUGGUCAUUGCCUGGGGCGGUAUUGACGUGCCUAACGACUCGACUAUAUUUCUACCGAACUUGUGCACAUUGAGCAUAACAGGGGGUUUCGAGUAUGUCAUAGCUCGUCUUCGCCUACCCACUCUCAAUAAGUUCUCAGUCAGGUCAUUCAAGACCUGUCUGAGUCGUUCAUUACCGAUUGCGAUGGCUGUAGAGUGGUAUUUCACAGGAAAUUCAGACGAGGCGGACAUCGAAGGGGGUGCUCUCCAGCUCCUGCAGGGUAUACUCUCAGGUCUGAGAGGGACAAAAACGGUCUUUCUCUCUGGAUUCACCAAGGAAGUGCUACUUAAUGCGAUUCGACCAUUCAAACAGUCGAGUUCAUUCUCAGAGGAGCUUCAAAUGAUCGAACUUCGACAACAUCCUAAUGCACAUGGACCUCCUUUACUUGAGCUGGGACGCAGUGACCUUGCCGAUUAA